UGUUGGGCACCGGUUAAUGAAUGUUGAGUUGGCAUCAUGUUUCCCAAAACUUUAUCUGUAGCUCUAGUGGUUAUUUUUCUGGCUGUUUUAUAUUCAAAAUGGUUCCCAACAGUGGUAGAAGUAGUCAAUCCAACAGAAACAAGAAUUGUCAUCGCCUGGCAAAAAAUCAUUAAGCCUCCAACGAAAAAAUUCCAAAGACUUGUCGUUGGCUGCAACUCUAAUCUUGACUACAUAGUACCAGGAACAAAGUUACUACAAUCUUUAAAUGUGGAACCAGGUGACAAGACCAAUCACGAAACUUUACAUAGCUUAGACCAUCUUCAACAGACCUUUUCUCACUUCUUUUCCAAAGGUGCUGCAGCAGAAAGGAGCUUUAUGGAUAAAGAUGUAUUCAGGCAAAUAACAAAUGCUGCUGAAAAAUUAGAUGAUUUACAGGUUUACAUAGGAGGCAAUGCAGCUUUAAUGGCUACAAAAAUCAUAGAAAUGUUUCCUGAUGUUAAGAUACAAUACAUUGGACCAGUGGGACCAAAACUCAAAGAGCUAUUUCCAGAAUCUUUUACCAUUCCUGAGAGCAGUCACAUUCCUCAUGAUGAAAUCCAUCUGAUUAUGGAAUAUAAAGUUGAUGAGACCUGGGGCUCACAUACAGCUCCAGUAGCAACUAGAUUCAUCACAAGCUAUGACGAAUCAAAUUCUAAAGCUACCAUGUUGGAAACAUUUUUUGAAAAUUUAGAAAAUUUUAGUCCUGAUAUUAUUUUACUGUCAGGUCUACAUAUGUUAGAGGGUCAAAGUGAUGAGUUUUUCUCCCAGAGAUUGGCUGUUGUUAAAGAAGGAUUGAAGACAUUACCUAUAACACUUCCAGUACAUCUAGAACUAGCUAGUAUGGCUCAUAAAGAUUUUGUAAAGAAAAUUUUGGAAGAGGUGGCACCACAUAUUUCAUCAUUGGGAUUAAAUGAACAAGAGCUAUCAUUUUCCUCACAUGCAGCAGAUGGUCCACAUAAAAAUGAUUUCCAGGAAAGAGAAGGGCAGCCCGAAAUUCACAAAGUUACAGACAUGGUCUUAUGGAUAUUAAAGACAUUUGGAUAUUCUGAAGACAAUCAAGAAAGUAAACUAACAAGAGUUCAUUUUCACUCAUUAACAUUUCAUAUAAUUGGAACCGUGAAAGGGGCGUGGCACAACAGUAAAGAGGCUGUGGCUGCUGGAACAAGAACAGCUGGAGAACAAGCAUGUGAUAUGAAAACUAUUCAACCAGAAAAAGUCAAAUUAAGAAUUCCUAGAACAUUUAAACGAUUUACAGGAGAUGAAGAUAGAGAAUUUGAUGAAUUUAAUCCUGUUUUAUCAUGGGAAUUAGGAGGUUAUAAGUUUGUUUUUAGUCCAGUUUUAGUUUGCAAUCAUCCUUUGAGAACUGUCGGUUUAGGAGAUGCCAUUUCAUCAACAGGUCUCAUGUAUUCUGAAUAUAAUCCUGAUUUUAGUAGUUGAUUAUAAUGGUCACUAGAACUUUGGGAUACAAUCUCAUUCCAUCCAUUCAACAUUUUUUUAUCAUUAUACUCGAUUCACAAUUAUGAUAUUUAGAGAGAUGUUAGAGGGUUUUGUUUUUGUAUUAUUGGUUUUGUACAUCAUGUUCCAUAUUCAUAUAGAUUCUUUACAAAUUCUAAAAACAAUUACACUUUAUCUAUGAUUUUGAAAAAGAAAGAAAAUUUUUGGGUUAAAAUGUCAUUGAAGAGCAAUAGCCCUGAGAUGAGAUCCUGCAGUUGAGAGACCAUAGUUAAUCAUUUUAUUGCUAUUUUCUUAAAUUCUUCAUUGUGAAGCCAUUGUAAUCUCACUUCUUGACUGACAAAAGUUAUUAUCACUUUAGUACCUUGAGAUGGAUAAUUAUCACACAGGAAGAUCGAAGCAGAUUUCAGAAAUAACUAUGUAAAAGGUGACAUAAUCAUUAUGCAAUAAUGAAUUGAAUUCUGAUAUUGUAUGUUUUGUUGUUUAUGUAGUGUGGUUGUUUUUACAAAAUUGUGGGUUUUGAACCCUCUUGUAGUUAAAGGAAUAAUUUGAGUAAAGUUUUUUAAUGAUUUCAAGAUAAAUAUAAUGUGUAACUAGCUUAUAAGUGUUAUAAUAUUGCUUUAAUUAGAAUAGAUAGCAAAAUAAACUUGUGAACUAUAUGUGAAAGUCAUUUAGAUAAAACUGUACAAUCAUGUGAAAAUAGACGGCUGAUAAGAUGUACAUGUACUUUACAUAUUUUUAUGCAAAUUAUAUAUAACAAAUCAGUUUACUUGUUUAUUGUAACUCAGGGUUUAUGUUCACAUUUUUCAUAUUUAAUAUUUUUAAGAAGCGUAUAUACAGCAUAUGUAUUAAUAUACAACGGCUAAUAUAGAUGUUAUUAUGUGCAUUUAUUAUUGCAAAUUAUAAAGAAUUGACAUAAAUGCAUGAUUAAUUAUUGCGGUUUCAGAAAAAGCUUCAUAUAAAUAUGCAUCAGAUAUCAGAAUGCAGGUUCAUAUUAUUGGGAUACUUAUUCAGUUGCAUUAUUUGCAAUAAUGCAUUUUAAUAAAAAUCUUGCAAUUAUUUCUGAAUUUAAAGUAUUUUACUUAGUAUUUAAACUUUAAUUCAAUAAUCUUUAGCAUUCAAAUAUAUUUCAUGCAUGUGCAAUUUAAUUAUCAAUUUAAAGCUGUUUGUUUAAAAAAAUUAAAUAUUUGUAAUAAUUCAAAUGAUAAAUUAUGGUUUAUAGUUGAUAGUUAAGGUGGUACCUAACACUACAGGGAGAUAACUCUGUAUAAUCAAAAGAACGUUUUAAUGACAUUGUGUUCUUAAGGGAAUAUUUAUAAGCUUCUCAAUGAUCAAAAUAAGUGUUUGUCAAAUUGCUAUAUAACCAGUGUAUUUUUUCUGAUUAAACGGUUGGUUCAAUUUUUUUUGAUUUUUUUUAUAUUUUUGUCAAAGGGUCAAAGUUAAUACUUUGUCAAAAUUUUAAGAAAAUUAAACAAGCCAAAUUCAUUUUAGUUCAGGUGUUAGGUACUACCUUAAAUAAGAUAUGUUUCCAAAGCAUAUUUUUAAUCAGCAA